AUGCACCAAUUGCCGACACACGGAUCAGAUAUGCUUGCUGAGGCCAAGCCGGAAAAGCAAAGAGCUUCGAGGCGGCGACAUCCAGCAUUUGAAGUGGAGGAUACCGACUCACCAGGACCGUGGCCUUUCGAUGUUGACAAAAAAAGUGAAGACCAGCCAAUUCUCCAGAACACAGACUCGACGAGUGACGACUCUCCGCCAGAACUCGAAGACACAUUCAACAGAGGCGACCACCCGACAGCCUAUAGCAGCUCCACCUACUUGACAGAUACUAUUGGUAAAACUAAUACACCUUCCACUAAUGCUGGCGCACCAGCUCUUAGACCUGUCGAAGGCCCUAGAUGUCGGGAUGUCCAAGAUAUCAACAUGGAUUCACCGGGAAAAGAGUUGCAACACAAACUUCUACGACAUUAUGUGGAUUGGAUACACCCUCAGCUACCGUUCCUAGAUAUUCAGGCUAUUGUGGAGACCAUCACCACAACAGCAGCUAUCCAUCCUCAUGGCAUGAGUUCUCUUUUGCUGUAUGCAAUUCUCUUUGCAGGAUCUCUCUAUUCUGAAGACCAAGAUUUCUCCUCAACUUCAUAUGGACUUAAAAGUUGCGGUCAGAGUAGAUUGUGGCGGAAAGCCAAGAUACUGUAUCACGAGUGCCAGAACUACGGCUCUUUAGAUUCAGCUCAGGCGGCUCUUCUCUUAUCUCUCCAAAGAGGCACGGACCCAACAUCACUCGAAAAUGCCACUGUUUGGUUGAGUCGGAGCAUCAGCACAGUGCAAGGACUAAUCACCUCCCAAGAUCACAAAACCCCUAGUGUGAACACAGAUCCUCAACCAGGUGGAUGCCAAAUAGACUAUGAUGCUGAUCUAACUAGACUGGCAUGGGCAAUCCGCAUGCGUGAGUUAACUUUGACCAUCGGGUUCGGUCAGACACCAAGUCUCGCAAUGGGGGUCAUCGAGUCUGCAACUCCGACCUUUCCAACAUUGGACCCAUGCAAGCUUUCAAAGAAGGCUGGAGAGAUAAUGUCACCCUGCUUGUUGCUCCGACCGCCCAAACAGCAAACAAUACUUGCAACUCUGUACUCGGAAAGGCUUAGACUAUCACAACUUAUUGGCUCUGCAGUGUCAAACCCUGAAUCGUUCUUUCAAUCCAAAUCAACCAGCAGUGCAACGAAAAGGCCAGUAAGAUGUCUAGGGCUAGAGUUACAGCGAUGCCCAACAGCGGUUCUCCUAUCUUUUGAAAAGUUUCUCUGCCAAUGGUGGUACUCACUUCCGACAUGGAUGCGUCACCCUACUCCUUCCGACAGUCGCGGGAGUUUAUGUAUGAAAAGGUCACGUCUGAUUAGCUUUCACCUUGCUGUUCUGGCAGUUACAUUUUUAAGUCUCUCGACAACGAAUGUUGAGGCAAGACUGGGCAGAGAAUUGUCUCUGGGGGAAUUUUCAUCUCCAACGGCAAUCGCCAUCUUAGAAGACGAAAAGAAGCUGAACAUCAAAAAGAACCUUAAUAUCUUGGAGUUUGCGUCGAGUGAAGAUCUUCCACACUUACUGGUUGCUACUGGACCUAUGUCGAUUCGCAUGUCGUUAUCAGCAUUGUUGCAAGCCGACGGCAGCUCUUCUGGAUCUCACAACGGUCGGAAGGUGUUGGAGUUGAUCAGAAACUGUGUUGACUAUCUAUUCACCCGAUCGGCUGAUUCCUCCGAGAACUGCACUCUAACAUCUUACAAGCUUGAGGAGCGAUACAGAUUGGCCCAAGAGCAGAGAGAAGAUCUUAACGAUGCCAUUGUUCAAGAUCAAGAACUCCUGAGCAUGCACGCUUCCAUUUCGUCAACAGAGUCGCUCAAAGACUUCGACAACUCGGACGUUUAUCAGAAGCCCAAGGAGCUCAGCGACAGCAAAAAUGGUUCCGUUUGGGUCAGCCAACUGACCAGCGAAAGUCUGGUUCUAGGAUCGACCAAAACCGUGUUGCCUGAAACCAUGCAUAGGAUGAAUCUGGAACGGUGUGCUCCUGUGAGCCCUACAGAUGGAGAAGGCUUUUCACAAUCACCUGCCUACGACUGGUGGGUGGACUUUGAUGCUGACCUUGAAGGUCCUUCUUGA